AAAAAGGGAAAUUUGAUAAUUUAUGCUAAAAAAUUAGAUAGGGUGUUUAAUUAUACCCAAUUAUUACACAUAAAAAAACUAUACCUAUCUUUUAAUUAUCUUCCAAAAAUACCCCUGUCUUUUCAAACUUCUCACAUUCCCUCUAACUCUAUUCUCUCUCUUCUACCUUCUCUCUCUUCAUUCCCUCUCCCCACCGACGCUGCAAACAACAACCACACCAGACGUAGUCGACCACCAAACAACCAAAAUCGCAGUCGACCACCAAACAACCACCAGACGACCAGGAACCCACAAACCCACAAACCCACGAACCCACGACGACGACGACGAACCCACGGGCACGAACCGAACCCUUGAACCCAGACGAACCCUCGAACCCACUCCAAUCGACCCCAUCGACUGACGCCUGAGCGAACAAGGAGACCCAGUCGAAUCCCACGAACAUAGCAAUCCAGAUGGCUCCAGAACUCAUUCUCCCCUUGGCUGAGCAUUUUCCUGGGCGUAUCACUUACCGAGGAAAUGGGUACUUUGCUUCUAUUAAAGCAAAGUUUGAAGCCUUUAACCUGACCGAGAGGGUGAAGGAAACUCCUUUUGGAGUUUUUUGGAAUGCGAAUGAACUGAAAUUCUCCGGGGUGAUUGUGCAUCAACUACUGUUGAGGAAAAUGAAAGUGAGUGAGGUAAAGAAUGAUGAAGUGUGGUUUUACGUGGGUAAAACCGAGGCCAGAUUUGGAAGAUCUGAGUUUGGAUUGAUUACGGGACUGAAGAUGAGCGGUGGCCCCUCGACUGAAGAAUUGAAUACACUAUGUGAGUCUGAUCGGAUAUUGCGGGACUACCUCAAUAAUGCCAAACGGGUCACUUUCAAAACCCUUUGGCUAGCUUUUGAGGCGUGCGAUGUGGCCGACGACGUGUACAAGCUGGGGCUGUGUGCAUUUGUUGAAGGAGUGCUUCUAUCUAGGGCUGAGGGUGUUUACAUAUGGUCGGAUAUGCUGAAGUUGGUAGAAAACGAGGAGAAGUUCUUCGAAUAUCCGUGGGGCCUUCUUUCAUAUCAGAAGUUGUUGUCAUCCACGACCAAAAGUAUGACCGACUCCGAGGAAGAACUACCUUGA